AAAAACGAUCAACUGUUACUGCAGGAGAUGAAGUAGAGAUUACUCAAAACAUUCGGAGGUGCGAGGCAAAGAGAAUCAAUGAGAUUUGGUGCGCAACGUAAGCCUUGUGGAAAUUCUUCACUAGGCGUUUCAGUGAAACAGAAAGAUUCCAUCUUAUUGUUGAAGUGGAGAAGCAUUUUUUGACAUUGCCAAGGAAGUGAAGAGACAGGUUUAAGUUUGUUCGUGGUAGACUUAAACUUGUAGCUUUUUCUUUGAAUAGAUGGAAGAAAAUUCACCAAUGGAGGUUGAGACUGGUGGAGACAUUGAAUUAUUUGAUCCACGAAAAGCAUAUUGUGCAACUAGUUUGCAGAAUUGGGGCGAAGAGGAAGAUGUGUUGGUGAAUCCGGAGCAUGAGGAACGUGCAAAGGAGGUUUUAAAAAUUGAUAUGGCGGAUCAGUUUGUAACUGAUCAGGUGUUUAAUACACGUGAUGAAAUGAUUGCGUGGUGUCAAGAUGUUGGGAGACAAAAUCAUAUGAUAGUUGUGUUUGCAAAGUCUGAGAAAGCAGUACCGGGAAGAAAGACAAGGAUUACAUUGGGUUGCGAAAGGGGUGGUGUGUUCCGUCACCAUACAAAGAAAAACCAGGCUUUGCUUGAAUUUCCGAAUAGGACCUUAGCGCUAACGGUGAGGUCAAGAAAACACACCGGGACAAAGAAGUGUGGUUGUCCAUUCACCCUUAAAGGAGUCUGGCAACCAGAUGAUAAAUGGAAGGUUAAGGUAGAAUGUGGAGAACACAACCAUGCGUUAGAAAGCACCGUAGUUGGUCGCUCGUUCGCAGGUCGAUUGAGGGACGACGAGAAGCAACUGCUGAAAGAUAUGAUAAGAAGUGGCCUUGAGCCAAAUGAAGUACUUACCACACUUAAGAAAACGAGCAAAGGUGCUAACAAGUCUACCAUGAGAACCAUCUACAAUGCAAGGGCGCAUUUGAGAAUAACUGAAAUGGAGGGGAGGUCUGAAAUGCAGCAGGUUAUGAAGCUUCUGGAAGAGUAUCACUACGUGGAAUGGCACAUUAAGGAUGAGGAAACUGACGAGGUGCAAGACAUAAUUUGGAGCCACCCAGAUUCUAUACAGUUGGCAAAGAGUUUUCCUUCAGUAUUGAUGAUCAAUUCCACGUACAGGACGAGUCGGUACCAUAUGCCUCUUUCCGAGAUCAUAAGGGUCUCGUCAACUGGUAAGACAUUUACUGUUGCGUUUCUGUUUAUGAAAGCAGAAAUAAAAGAGCGCUACACAUGGGCUUUGAUCCAGUUGAAGGCGAUAUAUGAACCCAAUGCACUGCCUUCCGUAUUUGUGACAAGUGGUGUUGAUGCUCUGGUUAGUGCAAUCAAAACCGUCUUCCCAAAAGCAGAUCACAUUCUUUGCACCUUCCAAAUUUCAAGGACCAUAAUGGUUAGCUGCAAACACGAGUUCCACAACAACGAAUACUCUGGCAGUUUCCUGAAGGAUUUGGAAAACCUGAUGCAGUCUGAGACUCCUGUUGCUUUUGAUGAAGGAUUUGCAUCAUUUGAGAGUAAAUGGAUCAACUACCCCACAUGUGUUCAAUAUCUGCGGGACAAUUGGUUAGGUCUGAAGGAGCACUUUGUCUCUGCUUAGACGAAUAAGGUAAAGCAUUUUGGUUACACAACCACAAAAACUAUCGAGAGUGCACAUGGGAAAACAAGUAGGAUGCUUGGACCGUCACAAGGAACUUUUGUCUCAUGCUGGACGGAAAUCCACAGCUCUAUCACCAAUGAGAUUACAACUGUGAAGGAAUCCUUGGUAGAUAGCUUAGUAUCAGUGAAACCAUCACAUAAUUUACCAAUCUUGAAGGAUUUGAAGAAUGCUGUUUCUCAUCUAGCAUUAGAUAUGCUAGUAGCAGAGCGUUCUCGAGGUCAGUCCAUUGACAUCAAUGGUUCAUCUUGUGAGUGUUCCGUACGGUUUACUCAUGGAUUAUCUUGUGCACAUGAGAUAAAACAAUUUGAGCACGAGGGUCGAUUGAUUGCGUUAUCUGAUAUUGACCCACACUGGAGAAAACUUGUAGCUGUGCCUGCUCCAAUCAUGCCUCGCAAUCCAGAUAACCUUCCGGAGUUUGAUUUAUUUAAACAGAAGUGGGAAAUAUCAUCAGAGACAGAACGCCUUACAAUGUUGAAAAAGCUGAAAGAGAUUGUUACACCUCCAACAUCAGUGCUUCAAUCCCCAUCAGCAAAUGAUUCCGUCACUACCUGAUACAACCAUCAUAGUACCUAUUCUGUGAUUAUACUGCAGAUACGAAUUUUAUGGGAUCAUUGUCAGAAAUGCUGUUAACAAGGAUAUUAUUGUGACUGAGAUUAACAAAUGGAUUUCUUGACUGUAUGGGCAUGCUGGAGUUUUAAUAUUGUAUAGGAUGUGAUGCUUUUUUUUACCUA